CAUGGUGAACAUCAUCCAGGAGCAACUUUAAAAGAUCAGGCUUGCUAGCCAGAAGCAAUCUUUAUUGUAGACUGAGGUCUCCUUUUGAAAUACGUUAUAACUUCUUUAAGGGAGAAACCAGGAAUUCCAUAGCACAUACCAUAUGUUGGUGGGCAGAUUUUAUCAUGCAAGAGAAUAAAACCAUAAGAAGCAUUUAACGUUCUCAGAGGAGAUUCUAGAUGAGGAGCAAAUGAGAAGACUUCAGACGUAAUCAUUUUUUUCAAUCUGUUAAAGUGUCCACUCCUCAGUAAGGGAUGCCCUCUGUUUCUUUCAUUGCACCCUUUUUAUUAGCUUUAUUGAUUCCAGUUAUCUCUGGAGAAACAGAAGUACAGUUUGCUGGUCAAACUGAUUUUUUGGUCAAUGAAACCAGUACCACCGUCAUACGCCUAGUCAUCGAAAAAACAGGAGCACCUGCUAAUAUUACAGCAAUAGUCUUGCUGCAAGAAGAAAACACGGGAGACUUUGUAGAAACUGUAACAGCUACUUUUAUACCAGAAAGAGAAACAAACCGGACCGUCUACAUAUCUGUGUGUGAUGAUGACUCUCCAGAGGCAGAUGAAACAUUUCAUUUCCUUCUAAUAUUACAAAAUCCCCCAUUUAAUACAAAAUUAGGCCCACAAAAAGUGGCAACCGUUACUAUAUUAUCAAAUGACAAUGCCUUUGGAGUCAUAUCUCUCAAUAUGUCCUCCUUUAUCAUAGUGAAUGAACUGCGGGGAAGAAACCAAUCAGUGUCUGUCAUUCUACUUCGGGAGAAGGGAACCUAUGGAAGCGUGACGGUGACAUUUGAGAUAGAUGGAGGUCCAAAUUCACCUGAUGAAGACCUGGCCCCAGCUAAAGGGAACAUUACAUUUUCUACUGGUCAUUCUGUCCUGCUUCUUAAUAUUACAGUAUUAGAUGAUCAGAUUCCAGAAAAUGAUGAAAAUUUUACUUUGAGACUUACAAAUGUCUAUGGAGGUGCUGAGAUAAAUUCUUCACGAAGCUCCCUUCAGAUAAGAAUUCUGAAAAAUGACAGCCCAGUGCGAUUCGGUCAGAGCUCAUACAUAGUGCCGGAAGCAGCUGACGUCAUCACCAUUCCGGUGAUUCGAGGGAAGACAUCUACUGACAACAUCAUUGGAUCUGAUGACACUGAGGUCUCAAUAAAGUACAGAGUCAUUACUGGGAAUUCAAAUGCUCAUGCACAACUCAACACUGAUUUUCUAGAUCUUCAGCCAAAUAAGACGAUUGUCUUUCCACCUAAAGUUCAUGCAAUUGACUUGCGGUUCGAAAUCAUUGAUGAUGUGAUUCCAGAAAUUGCUGAGUCUUUUCAAGUUGAAUUGGUUGAAGAUACACUGCAAGGCGAUGCUGUGUUACAGUUUCCCAACAUUGUCUAUAUUACAAUUGAACCUAAUGAUAAGCCUUACGGUGUCUUAUCGAUUAACAGUGCUCUUCUUGCACAGACAGUUAUUAUUGAUGAAGAUACAACAUCAAGGUAUGAUGGGAUCACCAUAGUGAGGAAUGGAGGGACACAUGGGAAUGUUUCUGUACGCUGGAUUAUUAAACGUAACAGCAUUGAUACCUCACCUGUGUCCUCUGACAUCUUGCCUGAAUCUGGAACACUCCAGUUUGCUCAGGGACAGAUGCUGGCAAUACUUCAUCUGAGAAUUCUAAGUGAUGACACACCAGAAGAAGCAGAGGCGUAUAUGGUGCAGUUAUUGGCAAACUCUGUACAGGGGGGUGCUGAAGUGGGCUCACCUUCAGAGCUUGUGUUCUACAUUCAGGACAGUGAUGAUGUGUAUGGCUUGAUACAAUUUAAUGGUGCAGAAGAUCAGAAAAUCGAAAGCAGUCUUGAAGGACGAUCUUUGGCUUUAAGCUUUGUGAGGCAAAAUGGAACCAGAGGAGAUGUAAAACUGACUUAUAGUGCUUUUUAUAUUCCUGCUGGACCGGUGGAUCCAUUGAGAGCGAAAGACGGUGUACUAAACAUCUCCUCAAGGAAUAGUGUGAUUUUUGAGGAAUCAAACUCCUUCAUUAAAGUGAAGCUACCAAUACGAAAUGAUGCAUUUCUACAAAAUGGGGCCCAUUUCCUUGUACAGCUGGAAAAUUGUGACCUGCUGAGACCCACUCCUAUUGUGCCACCAAUCAGCCCAAGGAUAGGUGUUUUCCGAAAUAUUUCACUAAAGGUUACCCCAGAUAUUGCGAAUGGAGAGAUUGGUUUCACCAGCAAUCAACCCAUUGUUGUAUCAGAGCCUGAAAAUUCAUCCUUUGAGGUGGUUUCUAUUGCUCUACAUCGAGAUGGAACUGGAGGAGAUGCUGUUGUUUACUGGAGUCUGAAACCAUCAGGCAUGAAUGCAAAUGCCAUCACUCUGGAUGACUUAGGUCCUUUCAACGGAUCUGUGAAGUUUUUUUCUGGGCAAAGCAACACAUCUAUAAAUAUAACAAUCAAAGCAGAUGAAAUUCCAGAGAUUAACGAAACCGUUGUAAUAUCACUAGACAGGGUCAAUGUGGAAAAUCAAAUUCUGAAGUCAGGAUUUACCAGCUGUGAACUGACGAUUCUGGAAAACGAUGACCCAGGAGGAGUGUUUGAAUUUUCCCCUUCAUACAGAGGGCCAUAUACUGUAAAAGAAGGAGGCUCUGUCGAGCUUAGAAUUGCUCGAUCCAAAGGUAUUCUUGUUAAACAGUUCCUGCGCUACACCAUUGAACCAAGAGACAGCAAUGAAUUCUAUGGAAACACUGGGAUCUUAGAGUUUAAGGCUGGUGAAAAAGAGAUUGUAAUUACCCUGCUAACCAGAAUGGAUGGCAUACCAGAGCUGGAUGAGAUGUACUCAGUAGUGCUAAGCAGUCAUGGAGAAUAUCCAAGCACUCUGGGAGAAGCCCGAAGAGUCAACAUAACUAUCUUGAAAAAUGAUGACCCCCAUGGCAUCAUUGAGUUCUCUCCCAAUGGAACUGUGGAGAGCAUUAAUGAAAGCAAAGGAGAAGACAUCUUUUACGCUAACUUUGAAGUAAUACGAAAACAAGGACACUUUGGUCAUAUAAGUGUUCCGUGGAUACUCAUUCCUAAUUCAACUGAUGAUGUAUAUCCCACAAGUGGUGUUCUUCACUUUGGAGACAAUGAGUUUUCAAAAACCAUAAGUAUUUUAUCCCUUUCAGAUGAGAUCCCAGAAAACAAGGAAACAUUUACCCUAAUGCUUCUCAAUCCAUCUGGUAGUGCAAAUCUUGGAAACAUUACCAACGCUAAGCUGGAGAUAAAUAAAAACGAUGAUCCUGUUUUCUUUGCAGAACCUGUUGAGGUAUGGAUUGAAGAAGGUCAGGCCGCCAACUUUACAAUUGUAAGAAAUGGGUCUGCUGAUUUUAAGUCAUCGGUCUCGUAUGUUACUGUCAAUGGACUAGCCAGUGCGGAAGGAGGAGACUUUAAUUACACUUCUGAAUGUAUCUUGACUUUUGAUGUUGGUGAAAGAUUUCAGAAGAUAAUAGUUCAUACCAAUGAAGAUGACAUUCCAGAAACAGAUGAGCCCUUUUAUAUUAUGCUUCUCAAUGCCACAGGUGACACAGUGGUGAGCGGACAUGGUAAAGCUACAAUUUUUAUUAGAGCUAAUGAUGAUCCCAAUGGAAUAUUUUACCUUGAACAGAUUGAGAAGACUGUUGAGGAAGGGUCAACUAAUAAUUUUAAGGUGGUGAGGAGCAGAGGACAUUUUGGUAGUGUAUUGUUACACUGGCAGGUCUUGAAGAACAAUUCGACUUUACAACCGGGACAGGAGUUUUAUGAAUCUUCAGGAACGCUUUGGUUCAAGGAUCAAGAGGAAUUCAAAUAUAUAACCUUGCAGGCACUUUCUGACCAACUUCCUGAAUUUAAUGAAUUUUACACAUUAAAACUAGUGAAUGUUACAGGUGGCAUCCCAGGUCCCGGUGGGCGUUUGGCACAAACAAAUCUCACAGUAACGGUUAUGAUACCAUUCAAUGAUGACCCUUUCGGAGUAUUUGUUUUAAGUUCAGAGAGUCAGAAUCGUGAGAUAGCAGAAGACGUGCUUUCAGAAGAUGACAUGAGCUAUGUUGCAAGCUUUUCAGUUUUGAGACAUCAGGGUACAUUUGGAGAUGUUAGAGUGGGCUGGGAAAUUUACUCCAGCACAUUUAAAACCGGCCUUCCUCCUGCGCUGGAUCUUUUGCUUGUUGCCUCAUUCCCAUCUUCUGUACAGUUGCGACCGCACAUGCGACGGCAUCACAGUGGAACAGAUGCGUUGCAUUUCAGUGGUGGUGAAGGUGCUUUUGGAGUUAUUGAACCACAGUACUACCACAAUAUGAAUACUACUUUGACUAACUUUACCUUCUCAGCAUGGGUCAUACCAAAUGUGGAUACUGAUGGAUUUAUAAUAUCAAAGGACAAUGGCAAUGGGACACUAUAUUAUGGGGUGAAAGUUCAGACAAAUAGUUCCUAUAUCACUUUGCUGCUUUAUUAUAUGACUUAUGCAUCCAACAUGACUUAUUUUGCUAAAGCUGGCACCCCAAAGUUUAUUCAACAGAAUGCCUGGACACAUCUUUUGAUUACCUUAGAUGAUGGCUUCAUUGAGUUUCAUAUUGAUGGAAACGCCAUUCCUGGAGGAAUCCGCAGCCUCAAAGGCGAAGCAAUAAUUAAUGGUCCAGGGACUUUACGUGUUGGUGCAGGGUUAAAUGGAGACAACAGAUACUCAGGAAUGCUACAAGAUGUGAGAAUUUAUGAACAGAAGUUAUCUCAAGCAGAAAUUGCUGAACUCCAUGCUACACCAGCAAAAAAUGACUUGCAUCCAGUGUCUGGCUAUUUGGAAUACAGACAAGAAGAAAACCAUAAGUCUUUCAUUGUAUCAGCACGAGAUGACAAUGAGGAAGAAGGAGAAGAAAUUUUUAUACUAAAAUUAGUAUCAGUAGUUGGUGGCGCAAGACUUCCUGAAGCAAACAAAACGGCACUCAUACGGAUUCAGAAAAGUGAUAAUGCCAAUGGCUUGUUCGGCUUCACAGGGCCUUGCAUUCCUGAGUCUUCCGAGGAAGGGUCUACUAUAUCUUGUAUUGUGGAACGUACACGGGGAGCACUGGACUCUGUAUUUGUUUUCUAUACCAUCACUCCUGUAGACUCUGUUAAUAUUAAUGAUUCUGUUGUGGAUUUCACAACCAGCAGUGGAAAUAUCACGUUUCUUCCUAUGCAGAGAUCAACGGUUUUAAAUCUGAACAUUCUAGAUGAUGACAUACCAGAGCUUGCGGAACGAUUCCGCGUGUCUUUAGUGUCUGCGGUUUCUGCCGAUGGGAAGAUUGGGUCCACUCCAAGAAGCGGUGCCAGCAUAGACCCUUACAAGGAUUCUGAAUAUGUUACAAUAAAUGCAAGUGAUCACCCAUAUGGAUUACUGCAGUUUUCGUUGGGGAUGCCACCAAAACCGGGUGACCCAAUGACGGUUCCUGCAAAAUCUGUCCCAACUAUUACAGUGAAGGAGGAGAUAGGGCAAAUCAAACUGCUGGUGGUCCGUGCCCAGGGACUUCUUGGGCGAAUAAGGGUUGAAUAUCGGACAGUUUCACUAACAGCAUUCAGCCCUCAGGAUUAUAAGGACGCAAAAGAUUAUUUGGAAUUUCAGCCGGGAGAGCGAUACAAAUAUAUUACAGUUAAUAUCACAGAUAAUGCUGUACCUGAACUGGCCAAAUCUUUUAGAGUGGAGUUACUGAAUGUGAAUGGAAGAGUUGCUGAACUCUUUAGGAAUGAUGGCAGUGGUAGUGGUGAUGAUGACUUGGAAUUCUUCCUUCCAGCUGUUCUUCAGCGGGCCAGUCUGGGCAUUGCAUCACAUAUAACUGUGAUCAUUGAAGACUCUGAUGAUGCCCAUGGGAUAUUUGAAUUUAGCACUGAAUCUCUGUACGUUACUGCCACGGAACCUGAACAUGGAUAUAGUACCGUUACUUUCCAGGUCUUGCGUGAUCGUGGAUCCUUAUCCAGUGUGUCUUUGUUUUGGAGAAUAGAAUCAGAUCCAUUAGAUGACUUGGCUUUUACCACAGGCAACAUAACUUUUGAAACUGGACAAAAAUUAGCAAAUUUAACAAUUCAGGUUUUACCUGAUGAUACUCCAGAACUGGAUAAAAUGUUUUCCAUUUUAAUUACCAAUGUCUCCAAUGGACGGCUGGGAGAACAUACCAAUGCAUCUCUUGUUAUAUUUGCCAAUGAUGACCCAUAUGGACUCUUCAUAUUUUCAGAAAACAACAGACCCAUCAGAGUUGAAGAAAAAAAUAAAAAUAUUACUUUAACCGUCAGAAGGUUGAAUGGUCUUAUGGGUACUGUAAUGGUUGCAUAUAGAACAAUUUUAGACUCAGAAAAACUUUCAUUUUUCCCAAGCAUAGCAAGAGCUACACAGGAUAAAGACUACUUAACGAUUUCUGGAAGUGUUCUUUUUACAGUCAAUAUGAGUGAAGUCAAUAUAUUCCUCCCUAUUCUGGAUGAUGAUGAUCCAGAGAGAGCAGAGUCAUUAUUUGUUGAAUUAUUCAAUAUCACGUUAGUGGAAAAAGUCCAGAAUCAACCAGUUUUGAAUUCUCCUCGUCUUGGAUCUAAAAUUGAAACAAUAGCACAUAUAGUUAUUAAUGCCAGUGACGAUGCUUUUGGAGUGCUUCAGCUGUCCACUACAUAUGUACGGAUUGCUGAAAGUUAUGUUGGGCCGAUAAUUAAUGUCACAAGAACCGGUGGGAUGUUCGCUGAUGUUUCUGUGAAGUUUAAAGCCUUGCCAAUUACAGCAACAGCCGGUGAAGAUUACAGUGUAGCUUCUUCAGAUGUUGUUUUAUUGGAAGGAGAAACGAGCAAAGCUGUGCCAAUUUAUAUCAUAAAUGACAUUAACCCAGAGGUAGAGGAAUCCUUCCGAGUCCUGCUUUUGAACCAGACCACAGGAGGCGCGUUAAUAGGAGAAAUGACUGAAGCAAUUAUCACCAUAGAGGCAUCAGAUGAUCCCUAUGGGUCCUUCGUUUUGCAGGUGACAUCCCUCACGAUAGAUGAACCUGAAUCAAGUCCUUUGACAGUAAAAUUGCCAAUUAUUAGGAAUUCUGGGACCCUUGGUGUUGUUACUGUGCAGUGGGUUGGCACAAUUAAUGGAAAACUUGCCAAUGAUGACCUGAAGGUUGCUUCGGGUAAUGUGACUUUUGCUGCUGGUGAAACCUUUAAGACUUUGUUGUUAGAAAUCUUACCUGAUGACGUUCCAGAGAUUGAGGAGAUUAUUGAAGUGCAUCUUAUUGGCGCCUCAAAUGGAGGUUCCAUUGGAUCUGAUGGAGUAGCAAAAAUAAUGGUUCCAGCCAAUGAUAAUCCCUACGGAACAAUAUCCUUUCACGCAAAUGUCUAUCGUGUUCAAGAACCAUUGGCAGGGAGUUCUCGUGUUAAUCUUACCAUCAGGAGGAGUGCUGGCAGGUUUGGCCACUUACAGAUUUUGUAUACCACCACAGAGAUUGAUGUGAUAGCUCUUGCCAUUGAACAAGGCCAGGACAUGUUAUCUUACUAUGAAUCGCCACUACUAGGGACACCACAGUUAUCUGUGACAACCAGAGUUGAUAUUUCAGUAGCAAAAAACCCUCUGCAGUCUUGUGCCAUUGCAUGCCUAAGAAACCAAGUAUGUUCUGCUUUUUCUUUUUACAAUACCUCUGGUGUGCCUCAAUGCUUCUGGGUGACAACAUGGUCAAAUCAACUCACCAACCACACAGAAUUCCUGACGUAUAAGAAAAAUAGCACCAGUGUGUCUGUGCUUUUUAGUUCUCAGGCUACUGCUGGAAGUGAUUAUGAAACAGUUACAGGGCAGUGGUUCACGAUGUUGGAAGGAGACGAGUUUGCAAAUCUUACAGUUUCUAUACUUACUGACACUUUCCCAGAACUGGAUGAGAGAUUCAUUGUCUCUCUUCUCAAAGUCAAACUGCUAAACAUUUCAACCAGCUUAAAGAACCAGCCAACUAUAGGUCAGCCAAAUACAUCAAUGGUUGUAAUAAUGAUGAACGGAGAUGCUUUCGGGGUAUUUGUGAUUUACAAUCUAAGUCCCAACGCAACAGAGUCAGGUCACUAUGUGGAAGUUGAAGAGCAGCCCCAAACAAUAGUUCAGCUUGUGAUUGAAAGAAGAGAGGGAAGCCUUGGCCAAGUGAUGGUGGAAUGGGCCAUAGCUGGAGGAACUGCUACCAGAAAUGUGGAUUUCAUAGCUGAUGGUGAACUUUUAACAUUUGCUGAAGGCGAAACAAGAAAACUAGUAACUUUGACUAUACUAGAUGAUGAUGAACCUGAAGAAAAUGAAAGUGUCAUAAUUCGUCUAACCCACACCGAUGGAGGAAGUCGUGUUCUUCCCAAUUUUGACGCUGUUACCAUAGUGAUUUUGGCUAAUGAUAAUGUAGCUGGUUUGAUUAGCUUUCAGACAACCUCAAGAUCAGUGAUUGGCCGAGAAGGGGAAAAGCUGUUGUUCCAUGUUUUACGAACACCUCCUGCGCAUGGAAACGUAACUGUCCACUGGAAGAUUAUUGGCCAUCAUCUAGAGCUAAACUUUGAGAACAGCACAGGCUUAUUACACUUUCCAGAGGGAGCAUUAAAUGCAAGCUUUGUUGUUCAUCUGUUGGACGACCAUAUCCCUGAGCAAAAAGAAGAAUACCAACUUAUUCUCUACAAUGUAACAACGCAAGGUGUAUAUGGCACAGGAGUAGGUGCCCUUGAUAAACAAGGAUAUGAGGCUGUUCUUACUGUAGAGGCCAGUGAUGAACCACAUGGGGUAUUGAAUUUUGCUCCUUCGUCAAGAAUUGUUUUCACAGAAGAGGGAAAUAAAACAAUUCAACUCUUCAUCAACCGCGAGUAUGGAUCCCUAGGGGAUAUUAAUGUUACUUUCGCCACAACACUUGAUCCCCUUCAUACGCUGAGUCAGAUGAGUGAAGGACAGUUCGCCGAGCCUGGACUGGAUUUCAUACCAGUCUCUGGCUCAUUGAUUCUACGCGAUGGCCAAACAACGGCUGCCCUCAAUGUAUCAAUUCUGGAGGAUGACUUACCUGAACUUCAAGAGUAUAUCCUGAUCACUAUGGUUUCUGUGGAACUAACUGUAAAGUUGCUGACCUCAUCUCCACCAAGACUCGAUGCUGAAGGCAUGACAGCUCAGAUCAUUAUUGAGGCAAAUGAUGGAAUCCAGGGAGUCAUUGAAUGGCAAACAACAAGCUAUGAAGUUAAUGAAUCCCAUGGUAUUUUGACCCUAGUGGCAUGCAGAAACAAAGGGACCUACGGAAAUGUAUCUUUGUUUUUCUACGCACAGAAUUUAGGAGCUCAGCUUGGGAUGGAUUUUAAUGCUACCUCCAUGGUUUUGACUUUUGCUGAAGGAGAAAAAUAUAAAUAUAUAGAUAUAAAUAUUAAUGAUGAUGACAUCCCAGAAGGGGAUGAGAGUUUCCAGCUGAUACUCGCAAAUCCUUCUCAUGGACUUGAACUGGGUGCUAACACAACAGCUACGGUUACAAUCCUUGCCAAUGAUGACGGACAUGGAGUUCUGUCCUUCAACAACAGUGAGCGAUUCUUCCUCAGAGAACCUACAGCCCUGUACAUGGCAGAGAGUGUUGCGGUUCUGUACAUUGUCAGAGACCCCCCACAGGGAAUAUUUGGUACGGUCGCUGUCCAGUAUCUGGUCACUGGUGAAAAUGCUUCGGGAGCAGAGGGAGAUCUCAACCCAGUGCAAGGAUAUGUUCUACUGGAAGAAGGAGUGCGAUUCAAGACACUGGAAAUUUCUGCUGUGCUUGAUGAAGAACCUGAGAUGGAUGAGCAUUUUACUGUCACCCUAUUUAAUCCAACAGGGGGUGCUAGACUGGGCACAAGAACACAAACAAUGAUAACUGUGCUACAGAACCAGGCACCAAAGGGGCUUUUUAGCAUUUUCCCAACAAAUAACAGGACGAGUUCUUUGAGCAUUGAAGAAGGCAAUGUGACUGCUUACUUGAAAGUGUCCCGCAGCAAUGGGUUAAACAUGUCUGUGAGUGUGGAAUGGGAGACGUUGUCAGGAACUGCGUUGGGAAUAAAGGGUCCAAACAGUGUGAUGUCUGGUUUGCAAAGUUUCUGGAGUGAAGCUGCUGCAAGCUGGUGUUUCUUCAGUCAUGGUGACCUGCUUUAUGGCAUUUUGCUGAGAACUUUGCCAAUGGCCUCUUCAACAAAGCCACUUUCCACAGUCUAUGAAUGGAGAGGUGUUUUUGUGCCCAUCCAGGAUAUUACAAUUGAAAAUCCUCAUGAUUGUAUGACAUUUCUAAUUAACGGAUCUCGGUUUGUAGUCAUCACUAGUGGGAGUGAUGGACCUUUCUAUAAUACAUUGUAUACAUUCACACACAACCAUGGAUUGCUCCUGAAACAGACUCUAACAGUUCCGGAAACCAGCAGUGUUAGACAUCUUUCCAUCUCACAUCAAGAUUAUUUGAUCAUCGCUAGUCAUAUGAAUAAACCAGAAACAUCUCAGGUUUUUAAAUGGAACAACACCAUAUUUACACUUUAUCAAGAACUCAUAGUCAGUGGGGUGUCAGGAUUAUCAGUGUUUACCCGUGGAGAAACGUUUUAUUUGGUCACGUCCCGUACGGAACCAGAUCACGAGUCUCUGAUGUAUGAAUGGUCAAACAAUCAGUUUGGAAAUCCCCAGGAGUUGGGAAUCAAGGGAGCAACAAGUGUGGACUCUGUAGCCUCUGGGGCCGACAUCUUCAUCUUUUUUUCAGAAGCAAAAAGCUCUCUUGUUCAUACUUUCCUCUGGGAAGCAGGUCAAAUGUUCUUUAAGAAAAUUCAAUCCAUUCCUUUCGCUGCGAACACGAUUCAUGCCUUUACACCUCCAUCUGGUCUAGCCCACAUUUUGCUUGCUGGUGAAACAGUAUCUGGAUUGUACUCUCUGAACACUGAACAGGGCCAGUUUUCUCCUGUACUGUUGGCCCCAGCAUCUAAACAUUUGUCCUCAGCUGUCGUAAAGUCAAUUAAUACAACCAAAAUCAUAAUUGCUCAGAUAGAAGAGUCCAAGUCUCAGAUCUAUGAACUUAUUUCUAUCUCCAACCACUCGGACUUCAUACCCAGUUCAGGUGAGCUGAGGUUUGAGCCUGGACAAAGUGAAGCUACUCUGGCUGUCAAUAUUCUCGAUGAUUCCAUACCUGAGGAAGAUGAGUCAUUUCGAAUAAGACUAAAAAACCCAAAAGGUGGAGCAGAAAUUGGUUCUAACAGCUAUGUGACAAUUGUUAUUCCAACAAAUGAUGAUGCUCAUGGAAUCAUUGGAUUCUCUCAGAAUUCCUUAAUGAAACAAGCGGAAGAGAUGGAGCAGGAUAAUCUGAUCAGCUUCAGCAUUGAGCGUCUGCGGGGCACUUUUGGCCGUGUGGCAGUGGAGUGGUUUGCUAAUGGCAGUGUCUCUGACAUAUUUCCUUCUUCAGGAGUGGUCACUUUCUCGGAUGGCCAAGCACUUACUACAAUUACUGUUACAGUUAUUGCAGAUAAUAUAGCAGAACUUGCCGAGACCAUCACAGUGAUAUUAACAAAAGCUGUAACUAUGAAUAUCAAAGAUCCUCAGAAAGGGGCUGUAAUAGAUCCACAGAAGUCCAAAGCUGUGCUGACCAUCCUGCCUAAUGACUCACCGCAUGGUGUGAUCGGAUGGGAUGUCAACUCACUGGCUGUGAGGGUGGAAGAGCCUACAGGAAAUGCAACACUUAUUACCCUGCAAAUUAAUAGAGAACAAGGAUUCACUGGCGAUAUUGCAAUUCAUUUAGAAGCAAAACCAAAUAUGUCUCUCCCACUGGUGAACAGAGCCACGGAGAAUGAAGAUUACACCGUCCUCAGCAAAGUCAUAAUUAUCAAAGACAACAGAACCUUUGCUCUUGUUACAGUGACCAUCUUUCCCGAUGAUUUACCAGAAUUAAACGAAGGGAUUUUAUUAAACAUCACUGGUGUUCAGUUUGUGAAUUUGUCUCUCUCGAGCGGCCUGCCGACUAUAAAAAGACCUGGCACAGAGCUAGCAGAAAUAACUAUUUGGGAGAAUGACAACCCGAGAGGCGUGUUCCAGUUCAAUGUUACCAAGGAUGUGAAUGGAGCCGUAACUGGAUUUGAAGUUCCUCCUCCACAAAAUGUUCUUAGACUUUCUGUCAUCAGGUUGGCUGGGAAGUUCGGAUCUGUAACGGUUUACUGGGAAGCCCAGCCAAUCACUGCAAGUCUGGAAGACUUCACACCUUCUUCAGGAAACGUCACCUUCUCAGAUGGACAGGCAUUAGGAGUUAUAGAGAUAUUCAUUGUGGAUGACACGCUCAUUGAAUUUGUAGAGACUUUCAGUGUCUCAUUAAUAGAGCUGACGAAUGGUGCCAUACUUGGAAAUGGAACGAAAGUCCUGAUUAAUAUUCCACCUAACGAUUCGCCAUUAGGAUUGUUUGGCUUUGAGAAGAAAAUGGUGAUAGUCAGUGAACCUCAGUCAGCAGAUGGACAGGGCGGAGAAGUGACUUUGACGGUGGUAAGAAGCUCUGGUGGUCAUGGUGCAGUGAAAAUGAUUUGGAUCCUUGAAGAAGCAGCACAAUUUGAUCUCAGACCAUUAAAUGGCACUUUAAUAUUUAAUGAGAGCGACACAAGGAAAUCCUUUACUUUGUUUGCAAUUCAGGAUGGUUUGUUGGAGGGUGAGGAGAAGUAUAGUCUCCAGCUGGUUUCUGUUGACUAUUCAGUGAUAUCUCCAGUAGAUGGUACAGCCACUGUUAUCAUAUCUGGGGAUGCUGGAGCAUCUGGUACGGUUGGGAUUGCUACAUCAUCUCAGCAUAUUCUCAUUGGUGAACCUUUUGGAAACUAUAAUGGAACAGCCCACAUUAGUCUUCAUCGAGGUCCUGGGAUUUUUGGAGAGCUUACUAUAUAUUGGAACAUCAUCCCUGCAAAUCAAAGCGAAUUUGUGGACGUUUCAGGAAAGCUCACUAUGAAAGAUCUGCAGUCUGCUGCUGUUGUUGUCAUACAAGCAGUAAAUGACAAUAUUCCAGAGGAGAAAAGCUACUAUCAGUUUCAACUGAGUAAAAUCAGUGAUGGAGGAAUCAUAAAUGAAUCGAGCAGAUCUGCUAAUAUCACCAUGGUUUCCAGUGACCAUCCUUACGGGCACUUCGAGUUUUCACAGACACUGGUUCAGACAUCAGAAGAGGAAAGAUCGGUAAACGUUACCAUUGUACGUUCUGGUGGCAGAUAUGGGGAAGUUCAACUCAGUUAUGAAACCAUUAAUGGAUCAGCAUUAACAGAUCUGGAUUUUACAAACACCUCUGGCAAACUUGUUUUCAGCCCAAAUGAAGCCAUGAAAAGUAUCUCAAUAGGAAUACAAAAUGAUGAUUUCCCGGAGGGCCCUGAAGAUUUUUUUGUUUUUAUUUAUGACAUCAAACUUCUAGGAAGGGAUUACGAUCACGCUAUCAGAGAAAACGGACUUCAGAUAGAUCAGCCCCCUACCAUUGGAAAUGGCUCUGUGGUUCGAAUCAUCAUUCUUAAAAACGAUAAUGCAGAAGGUAUCAUUCAGUUUGAGCCUGAAUUUACCACAAUCCAAGUGGAAGAAGAUAUCGGCACAUUAUUAAUUCCUAUAACAAGGAUACGUGGGACAUACGGCUAUGUGACAGCUGAUUACAUAUCACAUGGCAUAUCUGCAUUGGCAGACGGCAUAGACUACGCAAUUUCUAAUACGUCGGUCAUAUUUCAGCAUGGACAACAACAGGGUUUUAUAAGUGUCCUUAUUACUGAUGAUGAAGAAAGUGAGUUUGCAGAGCAGUUCGAAAUUCGGCUUGUGGGAGCCACUGGAGGUGCAGUGCUGGGCCAACACCUAGUGUCCCUUAUCACCAUUGCUAAAAGCGACUCCCCAAAUGGAGCAGUGAGGUUCUUGAAUCAGAGUCAAAUAACUAUUCCUAAUCCUAAUGUGUCGCUUGGUCUGUCGCUUGUGUUGGAGAGAACAGGCGGUCACUUGGGAGAAGCUCAGAUUUUGUGGAAAAUACUGGGACCAAACUCGAAUGUGCCUUUACCUCUUAUGAAUGAUGACUUUGGCGAGCCUUUGAAUGGAUCGUUCUAUUUUAAAGAUGGGGAAUGGGGGACAAGGACUAUCAACUUAACAGUUCUCCCUCAUGGAGAUAUUGAAGUUCAAGAGAAAUUCAUCAUUUUAUUGACCAUUGGAAGUGGAAAUACAGAGAUUGAUCCCAAAGCUGGAAACAUAACCCUGACGAUAAACAAAUUUGGGGAUCCUAAUGGUAUUGUUCAGUUUACAGAGGAAUCACUUUUGAUAAAAAAUUAUACUGAGCCAGAAGCUUCUGAUGAAGCAUUAAAUAUAACUCUACAUGUCAAGAGAAUCCAAGGGACCGUGGGGAACUUAACGGUUUAUUGGUUGUUAAGCAGUUUGUCGGACAUUGAAGGGGAUUUCACUGAGAUCACCGGUUGGGUCUUCAUUCCCGACAAGCACAACACUGCUGAGAUUAUAAUCCAGAUUCUUCCAGAUGACGUGCCGGAAUUAGAUGAGCACUAUGUAGUCCAUCUGACAUAUGUGGAUGGGGGAGCAGAUUUGGAUAGCGCUAAAAGUGCAGCACACUUCACUGUUUUAGCAAAUGAUGAUCCACAUGGAGUCUUCACAGUCUACUCAACCAGCCAGUCAAUUGGUGUGACCAAUGAUUUGGGCCGCUACAUACUAGUUAAUGUCACUCGACUUGCUGGCACUUUUGGAAAUGUCACAAUUGAAUACCAGAUAAUUAGUGGAAUAGGACAGGAAGAGAACCUCACUGAAAUUAUUAUAGGGAGUGUGAUGAUUGAACAUGGUGCCAGCUAUGGAGUCAGCACAGUGCCAAUUGGCAAUCAGGUGUUCCUUUUGCCUGGAUUUAAUUUCACUCUUCAAUUAACAAAUGUGAGCCUGAUUGGUGAUAGUGCUGCUGGAAAGCCGCAAAUCCUAAAAGAACAAAAGCCAACUCCAAUAUCUGUUCCGAAGGAUGCUGCCAAUUCAGAGAUUGGCUUUGAAUCUGUUGUUUUCCGGCUUACAAAUAUUACAUCAGGAAGAGGUGAAGCUGUAAUAAAUAGGAAGGGAACAUACGGUUCUAUAACUGUAAGCUGGCGUAGCGGGUAUCCUCCUGGCUUCAUGCCACAUAAUGUCCGCCUUGGUAAAAUCACACCACAAUCAGGUGAUGUAAUAUUCUUACAUGGAGAAGACAGGAAAUUGGUCCCAGUGUAUUUGGUGGCAAAUACAAGUGGCCCUGAGGCCUUCGCAUUGUAUCUUACUGACCUGAAAAGCAAUGUGUCUGGUGGAGCCCGUUUAAAGCCUGGAUUCCUGUUUGCAGAAUUUGAGCCAAUGGGUGUAUUCCAGUUUUCUUCUAAUUCUCUGCACAUUGCUGUGGAAGAAGAGGUGCAGAAAAUUACACUUCAAGUCCAACGUUUGUAUGGCUUUCGUGGGAAUCUCACAAAACUGUAUUUUCAGACCAUUUCGGGAAGUGCCAAAGCAAUGGAAGAUUUUGUACCCAUUAAUAAUGGGGAAGUGAUUUUUGAGAAACAUCAGAUUAGUGCUUUAAUAGAAAUUUCAAUAAUUAAUGAUAAUAUUAAUGAAAUGGAUGAGCUUUUUUACCUCAAUCUUACAUCUGUGGAAAGUUUGGAUGUCUACCACAAAAAACCUCGCUUACAUUUUGAUAAUAGUCUUUCAACUAUAAUAAUAUUGGCCAAUGAUUUGAUUUCUGGCUUUUUAAGUAUUGGACCUACGAUUAUUUAUGUAGAUGAGGAUGCUAAUUAUGGUGCAAUGAACAAUGUAAGCAUCAACAUAAAGAGGACUCGUGGCUUGAGUGGAGUUGUCCAUGUCACACUUAGAACCUUCGGGGGGAAAAGUGCAAAGAACGGGUUGCAGAGUCUGCCUUUUGAACAUAUCCAUGGAUCUUCAAACCUUUCCUGGGCCACUGAAGGUUUGGACUUUGAAGAAAAAUCAGUGCGCAUCACUUUACUUGAUGGAGAAAGUGAAAAUACAGUUGCUUUCAAAAUUAUUGACGAUGAGGAGCCAGAGGGCAAGGAGGUUUUCUAUGUUUUUCUCCAAGAUCCACAGGGUGGUGUUCAGAUAGCAGAUGACAGUGAAAAUAAUGGAUAUGCUUCAUUUUCAAGUAUUAUAAUUAAUGGAAAUGAUCUGCAGAAUGGCAUAUUGGGAUUUACAGCGGAGUCCAUGGAAGGUCUGAUACUUGAUGAGGAUUCUACACAGAGGACUAUACAACUUGUUGUCUCAAGACAAAAAAAGAGGGCAUUUGAAGAUGUGACGGUUUCCUGGCGUGCAACCUUUAAUAAAACAUCAGUUGAACUAUAUAGGGAUGAAGUAAACUUGGUUAAUGAAUUGCAGGCAGUGUCAGGAUAUACCAUCUGUGCAGCAGGCCAAACUGAGUGCAUAAUUACUAUGGAAAUAAAACCAGACAAGGUGCCUGAAUUUGAAACAUACUUCUUUGUUGAAAUCUACGAAGUUGGUGCCGGUGCUUCAAUUAACAACAGCAUGCGAUUUGCCAAAAUUGUUAUUCUAGAGAGUGACGCACCGCGUGGCCUCAUUUAUUUUGCUGUUGGAUCCAGAGUAGCUGUUGCACAUAAGAAAACCACUUUAAUCAGCCUGGAAAUAUCCCGAGAAUCUAGCACAGCACAGUCCAUUUCUGUUGGCUAUGUUAUACAGGAGCUUAAAAGGCCUGAAAUGGCAGGACAUACACUGAUAUCUCCAGCAGUAGCCGGGCGAGAUUUUGUUAAGUCGGAGGGAAGACUCUCUUUUAAACCAGGACAAGGAAAUCUAGUGCUGGAUAUCACACUAACUCCAGAAAUAGGAUCACUCAAUCCAUUUCCUAAGCGGUUUCAGGUUUUACUUACUGAUCCUUCAGGAGGUGCCAAAGUAGAUAAACUGUAUGGUAUUGCCAACAUCACCAUAUUAUCAGACUCUUCAUCUCAGUCUACUUGGGGGCUAAUUGAUCAGUUGCAUCAACCAUAUGAUGAAAACAUUUUUAACAGGGUUCUCCAGACUCUAGACAAUAAAGCUGGCGUGGAGGUGUCAGAGGAGCAUCUUGGUGCCAUGACGAAUAUUAUGGAAAAGAUAACAAGGGAAGGGGAAAUACACAUUCUUAGUGAUCAGAGCCGAAUCCUUUUCUAUGACAUACUCUGCAGUCUUGCUGACCCACAACGGUUGGAUACACUCGGAUAUAGCCCGUUAAUUGAAAUAGCUGAGCAGUAUGCCUUCUCACUUCUUACAGGAGUAAAAUGUGGAUCUCUGGGGGAAAAAGGGAAGACCAUCUUUGACACUUGCCCGCACAUUUCUGUAAGUGCCUAUAACUGGUAUCCACAACAAAUCAAUGGACAUAAAUUUGAAGGAAAGAAUGGAGAUUUCAUCCAGGUUCCAGAAAGCAUGUUGACUGUUUUUCCUCUUAACAGUACAGCAGAAGGAGGCUGUAAGUUUGUCCACUUCACUGAGUAUAGCAGCCAGCAGUGGUUUCUUACCAGUGGUAAACAGUCUACUUUAAAUAACAAGAUUUUGUCUGUGAGUGUCAAAGACCAGAACUCCCAUGAGCUAUCCAGUGACAAUGAGGUAGUGUAUAGGAUUCAUACAGGAGGAGAUCGUAUUAUCCCACAUGUAUCACUUUGCCUUCUUUGGAAUCAGGCUUCAGAGAGGUGGUUGGCUGAUGGUCAGUACUGCAAAGUUUUGUCUGAUACGCCUGAAUAUGUGGAAUGCUCCUGCUCUCAUAUGUCUUCCUAUGCUGUCUAUGCCCAAACUGACAGCCUUUCUUCCUAUAAUGAAGCCUUUUUCUGUGCUGGAUUUAUAUGCAUUUCAGGUUUCACUUUGGCUAUUCUUUCACAACUGUUCUGUAUUCGGUCUUCCAUGUUUGCAGCUAAACUUCUUACUCACAUGAUGGUUGCCUGUUUAGGGACUCAGGUCUCUUUCCUGGCCUCAGCAUAUAUCAGCCGGGAGCUCUCCACUGAAAGCUGCUCAGGUUUAGCAUCUGUGACUCACUAUUUCUACCUCUGUCAGUUCGUUUGGAUGCUUAUCCAGGCUGUUAAUUUUUGGUACAUUCUGGUGAUGAAUGACGAGCACGCAGAGCGACGCCAUCUGAUGUUUUUUGUUUUGGGUUGGGGUCUCCCAGCUGUUGUUGUAAUUCUUCAUCUGGUCAUUCUGAAGAGCCUCUAUCAUAAAAACAUGGCUGAGAUUUAUGGACUGGUCCAUGGAGAUAUGUGUUUUAUUCCAAAUGUCUAUGCAGCUCUAUUUACUGCUGCUUUGGUGCCAUUAGUUUGCCUUGUUGUCGUACUUGUGGUUUUCAUCCACGCUUACCAAGUCACUCAACAGUGGAAAGCAUACGACGAUGUAUUCAGAGGAAGAACCAACGCCUCAGAAGUCCCCCUGAUAUUAUACCUCUUUGCUCUUAUUUCAAUAACCUGGUUGUGGGGUGGAUUACACAUGGCCUAUAGACAUCUGUGGAUGCUGGUUCUCUUUAUCAUCUUUAACAGCCUGCAGGGUCUGUAUGUCUUUGUGGUUUACUUUAUUCUCCACAAUCAGCUGUGCUGCCCAGUCAAAGCCAGUUACAGUAUUGAAAUGGAUGGACAUAGAAGCCCAGCCUCUGCCUUCUUCACACCAGGUAGUGGAAUGCCUGCAGCUGGAGGGGAAAUAAGCAAAUCCACACAGAACCUAAUCAGUGCGAUGGAGGAGGUUUCAUCUGACUGGGAAAGGCCAGCUAGCCAAGCAAUAAAACAAGGCCCACAAAAUGGUGCAGCCUUCUCUACCACAGGAGGGUACAGCAAUGGUUCACUGGUAGCAGAUGAAGAAUUACAAGAAUUUGAUGACUUGAUAUUUGUCUUGAAAGCUGGAUCAGGUCUCAACAUCAGCGAUACUGAAUCCUGUCAUGGAAGUCAAGAUGGCGGCAGCAUGGGUAACUCACAGAUUGUGGAGCUCCGGAGAAUCCCGAUAGCGGACACACAUUUGUAACUUUUUUAUGUUCAAAUAUAAAUAUUUUUUUAUUUGCUAUUAUUGCACUAAAUGUUAUUGUACGGUCUGUGCAGCCACUGAUAACAAUGUAGGUAAUGUAACAAAUAGCUGUGUCUCAAGGAGCAUCUUGGCCUAAAUACAACCAACUGGAUUUCUCAGAAAUAAAAUGGACACAAUUAUGUGAUGAUUAGGAAAAGUAACAUUUUGAUUAAUAUGUUUUGUGAGCAAAUAUUAAAACAAAUUUGUUUAUAUGUC